AGUCGCCGAGAACAGGGUCCCUACAGUCGAUCUCGGUUCAGUCCGACCCCAAGAUCAACGAACGAGGUCCUGCGCCCCCUUUCCUGAGCAUCGUGUGCCAGAGUCAUGGCCCAGGAGCUGUACCACAAGGAGUUCGCCCGGGCGGGCAAGAAGGCAGGGCUGCAGGUCUGGAGGAUCGAGAACCUGGAGCUGGUGCCGGUGCCCCAGAGCGCUUACGGCGACUUCUACGUCGGGGAUGCCUACCUGGUGCUGCACACGAGCAAAGCGUGCCGGGGCUUCACCUAUCGUCUGCACUUCUGGCUAGGAAAGGAGUGUUCCCAGGAUGAGAGUACGGCUGCUGCCAUCUUCACCGUGCAGAUGGAUGACUAUCUGGGCGGCAAACCAGUGCAGAGCAGGGAGCUCCAAGGCUACGAGUCGACCGAUUUUGUUCGCUAUUUCAAAGGAGGUCUGAAAUACAAGGCUGGAGGUGUGGCAUCUGGACUAAAUCAUGUUCUCACCAAUGACCUGACCGCCCGGAGGCUCCUGCACGUCAAGGGUCGUAGAGUGGUCAGGGCUACAGAAGUUCCCCUGAGCUGGGACAGUUUCAACAUGGGUGACUGCUUCAUCAUUGACCUUGGCACCGAAAUCUACCAAUGGUGUGGUUCCUCGUGCAACAAGUAUGAGCGUCUGAAGGCCAGCCAAGUUGCCAAUGGCAUUCGGGACAAUGAAAGGAAUGGAAGAUCUCACGUAAUUGUGGUGGAAGAAGGAAAUGAGCCACCAGAGCUCAUAAAGGUUUUAGGAAAAAAGCCAGAGCUCAGGGAUGGAGAUGACGAUGAUGACACCAUAGCAGACAUAACUAACAGGAAAAUGGCUAAACUGUACAUGGUUUCAGAUGCCAGUGGAUCCAUGAAAGUGACCCUGGUCGCGAAAGAAAACCCCUUCUCCAUGGCCAUGCUGCUUUCUGAAGAGUGCUUCAUCCUGGACCACGGCGCCGCAAAGCAGAUUUUCGUGUGGAAAGGUAAAAAUGCCAAUCCCCAGGAGAGAAAGGCUGCAAUGAAGACAGCGGAACAAUUCCUGGAUCAAAUGAACUAUUCCACCAAAACCCAAAUUCAAGUUCUUCCAGAAGGAGGUGAAACGCCAAUCUUCAAACAGUUCUUCAAGGACUGGAGAGACAAAGACCAGAGUGACGGCUUAGGGAGAGUGUAUGUCACCGAGAAAGUGGCGCAGGUGAAACAGAUUCCCUUCGACGCCUCCAAGUUGCACAUUUCUCCGCAGAUGGCAGCCCAGCACAACAUGGUGGACGACGGCUCCGGCCAGAUGCAGAUUUGGCGCGUGGAAGACAGUGGCAGGGUCGAAAUCAACCAAAGCUCAUACGGUGAGUUCUUUGGUGGCGACUGCUACAUCAUACUCUACACUUAUCCCAGAGGACAGAUUAUCUACACAUGGCAAGGAGCCAAUGCCACAAGAGAUGAGCUGACCACAUCUGCAUUCCUGACUGUUCAGCUGGAUAGAUCCCUUGGAGGACGCGCUGUGCAGAUUCGAGUCUCCCAGGGCAAAGAACCUGCUCACCUGCUGAGUUUGUUCAAAGACAAACCACUCAUUAUUUACAAGGAUGGGACAUCAAAGAAAGGAGGUCAGGUACCUGCUCCCCCUACACGCCUCUUUCAAGUCCGGAGAAACCUGGCAUCCAUCACCAGGAUUGUGGAGGUAGAUGUUAAUGCAAAUUCGUUGAAUUCGAAUGAUGUUUUUGUCCUGAAACUGCCACACAAUAACGGCUACAUCUGGUUAGGAAAAGGUGCUAGCCAGGAGGAGGAGAGAGGGGCGGAGCACGUGGCCAGCGUGCUCAACUGCAAACCCACGAGGAUUCGGGAAGGAGCGGAACCAGAGGACUUUUGGAAUUCCCUUGGAGGGAAGAGCGACUACCAGACGUCUCCACUGCUGGAGACCCAGGCUGAAGACCACCCGCCGCGGCUGUACGCCUGCUCCAACAAAACCGGGAGGUUCACUAUUGAAGAGGUCCCAGGAGAGUUCACCCAGGAUGAUUUAGCGGAAGAUGAUGUCAUGUUACUAGAUGCUUGGGAGCAGGUUUUUAUUUGGAUCGGCAAAGACGCCAAUGAGGUUGAGAAGAAAGAAUCUCUGAAGUCUGCCAAGAUGUACCUUGAGACAGACCCUUCUGGAAGAGACAAGAGGACACCAAUUAUCAUCAUAAAACAGGGCUAUGAGCCUCCCACGUUCACAGGCUGGUUUCUGGGCUGGGAUUCCAACAAGUGGUAAACUGAUUUUUGUAGGAAAAGCAAGCAAACAUUAUGGAGCAGCUGUCCCAUUACUAUUUGGGGGGAUAAAGGAAAAGGAGAUUGUUUGUGUGACUUUAGAAAAUUAAUCUCAGCUAUAUGGCUAUUUUGUUAAUGCCUAGCAUUGGUCUGAAAUUCUUUUCAAACUGGAAUUUUCUGAUGUUAAUGUGUAAUCUAAACUAAACUUUGUUAUGGAUCAUUAUUAGCUCUGCUUGAAACUGAUUUCUGUCUUUUUAUUUUGUUGUUUUUUUGUUUUUGUUUUUAUCCUCACCCAAGGACAUUUUUCCAUUUUUUGUUCAGAUAGAGUGGGAGAGAGAG